AUGCCACAAAGAAGCACCGAAGACGCCCUCUAUGCCCUGACGCAACAUAUAGAUAGCAAACUAAAACAAAAGAAAAUAGUAACCAUGAUAUCACUGGACAUAGAGGGAGCCUUCGAUAGUGCUUGGUGGCCUGCCAUUAGGGUCAGACUGGCUGAGGAAAGGUGUCCCAUUAACAUCAGGCGGGUCAUCGACAGCUACCUCCGGGGUCGUAGGGUUAGGGUGCGGUAUGCCGGUCAGGAAUACUCUAAACGCACAACAAAGGGGUGUGUGCAAGGCUCGAUUGGGGGUCCAAUCCUGUGGAACCUGCUCCUCGACCCGUUGCUUAAGGGCCUAGAAAAACGAGGCGACUAUUGUCAGGCCUUUGCCGACGAUGUCGUCCUCGUCUUCGACGACGACACGGGACUCGAGAUUUCUAGGCGGGCCAAUGCGGCCCUUGCCUAUGUCCGGGAGUGGGGAGUCCGAAAUAAGUUGAAAUUCGCGCCAAAUAAAACAAAGGCCAUGGUCAUUACGAAGAAACUUAAAUACGACUCCCCGCUCCUGACCAUGGGAGGGAUCGACAUUGGUCUGUCGGAUGAGAUCAAAGUCCUGGGUCUUACAAUUGACAAGGGACUGACCUUCAAUGCACAUGUAACCAACACGUGCAAAAAGGUGCAGGGUCUUUAUAAGCAACUGUGUCGAGCAGCCAAGGUGAGCUGGGGACUCCAUCCCCAAAUCAUCAAAAUAAUUUAUACGGCAGUGGUGGAACCGGUGGUCCUUUACGCGGCCAGCGCGUGGGCACCGGCUACUAAAAAACUUGGAGUGCGCAAACAGCUCAACUUCAUCCAGCGGUCAUUCGCCCAAAAAAUCGCCAAAGCCUAUCGGACUGUCUCCUCGAACUCAGCGAUGAUACUAGCUGGAAUACUUCCCCUUGACCUAAGGGUCCAGGAAUCGGCAGCCCUAUAUAUGGCGAAAAGAGGAGUAUUCCACCAGCUUCCAGGAGACAGGUCGAUAGAGGUGAAACUAAAUUACGCGGAGCAGCAACAGGAACACCCUGCGUGCCGCAUCGCCAUCGACUACUCCUGCCUUGAGAACCCUCCAUCUGAAUCCACUAUAGGACACUCUUCCGAUCAAGCGUUCAUCUACACAGAUGGAAGCAAGAUCGAGGGCAAGGUAGGAGCGGCCGUUUCUAUUUGGGAGGGUGGCGCCGAGAUUAAAUCUAUGAAGUUGAAGCUGGAGUCGUACUGCACCGUUUUCCAAGCGGAGUUGUACGCUCUGGAUGCCGCAACUAAAUGGGCCCUAAAAUGCACAAAAAGCGAAAUCUGGAUCCUUAGCGAUUCGAGAUCCGCUUUAGAUCUCAUCAAAAGCGGCAGAGUUGCACAUCCACUGGCGUACGACAUACGCAGGAACAUCGGUGCAGUACAGGCCCAGGGGCGCACAGUAAAAUUGUUCUGGAUUAAAGCCCACGUCGGCAAUGCAGGCAAUGAGCGCGCCGACAGCCUGGCAAAACAGGCCGCGCUGAACACUAAGACCACCGCAACGUACAGCGCCUGCCCAGUUUCCUUUGCUAAAAUAACGAUUAGAGCGGAAACGCAAAAUCAGUGGCAGCAGCGCUACGACGAACAAACCACCGCCAGCACUACUAAGGUCUUCCUACCAAACGUAAAAGCCGCACAUAAAAUAAUGGUGGCAACAGAAAUCACGCCUAUACUCACACAAACACUUAGUGGCCAUGGUGGGUUUCUUAAAUAUCUCCACCGUUUCAAACUAAAAGAUAGUCCCUUGUGCAAGUGCGGUAUGGCCAGAGACGAGGAACCCAUCCACCUGCUGGUGGAAUGCCCAAGAUUUGGUAGGCAGAGGCACGAAUUCACGAGCACGAGUUUCUAA